AGCAGCUUUCUGUCUCUGCGCCUCUCACCAAUAUUUAGCCGUGACCAUGUUCCUUGGGGAUCCAGUUACGGUUCUUCUGACAGUUGUCCUGUGCCUCAUUUUGGCAAAUCUACUGUAUGGACGGAAAAGGAACAAUUUCAAAAAUUUCCCCCCUGGACCGAAGCCUUUACCAGUCAUUGGGAAUAUCAACAUUAUUAAUCUGAAGAGACCCUAUUUAACAUACUUAGAGUUAUGGAAGAAAUACGGCCCUGUAUUCAGCAUACAAAUAGGAGGCCAGAAGAUGGUUGUGUUGUGCGGAUAUGAAACAGUAAAAGACGCUCUUGUUAAUUAUGCAGAGGAAUUUUCCGAAAGGCCAAAAAUACCUAUUUUCCGAGAUAUAUCGAAGGAAUACGGUGUUCUAUUUUCUCACGGUGAGAACUGGAAAGUGAUGAGAAGAUUCACUCUUUCAACCUUAAGAGAUUUUGGGAUGGGAAGGAGUUCCAUAGAAGACAGAAUUAAUGAGGAAUGUGAUUUCCUGGUGGAGAAGUUUAAAUCUUACAAAGGAAAGCCUUUUGAAAACACCAUGAUAAUUAAUGCAGCUGUGGCUAAUAUCAUUGUAUCUAUUGUCCUUGGACAUCGGUUUGACUAUCAGGAUCCCAUAUUUCUGAGAUUAAUGAGUCUAAUCAAUGAAAACAUAAGGCUUUCAGGGAGUCCUACUGUCAUGUUGUACAACGUGUUCCCAUCUGUAAUGAGAUGGCUGCCUGGAAGUCACAAGACUAUUGCCAAAAAUGCAGAUGAGAAUCAAAGGUUCAUUAGAAAGACCUUCACAAAACACAGAGAUAAGCUGGACGUCAAUGACCAGAGGACUUUGGUUGAUGCUUUCCUUGUCAAGCAACAAGAAAAGAAUGUAAAUGAACAGUACUUUCAUGAUGAGAAUCUGACGAUGAUUGUGUCCAAUCUGUUUGCUGCUGGAAUGGAAACAACUUCUAGCACCAUUCGGUGGGGCCUUCUCUUAAUGAUGAAAUACCCAGAGAUUCAAAAGAAUGUCCAGAAUGAAAUAGAAAAAGUGAUUGGACAGAGCCAGCCGCAAACUGAGCAUCGUAAAUCCAUGCCCUACACUGAUGCCGUUCUCCAUGAAAUCCAGAGAUUUGGUAACAUUGUUCCGAUGAAUCUUCCCCAUGCCACUGCUCAGGAUGUGACGUUUAGGGGCUAUUUUCUUCCAAAAGGAACUUUUGUGAUCCCAUUGCUGACAUCCGUCCUGUAUGACCAAACCCACUUUGAAAAGCCACAUGAGUUUUACCCUCAACAUUUUCUUGACUCUGAAGGCAACUUUGUGAAAAAUGAAGCGUUCUUGCCCUUUUCAGCAGGAAAAAGAAGUUGUGCCGGGGAGAAUUUGGCUAAAACGGAACUCUUCCUGUUCUUCACAAGCCUCCUGCAGAACUUCACAUUCCAGGCGUCUCCUGGAGAAGAACUUGAUCUCACCCCUGCUGUUGGGAUAACCACUCCUCCUCUGCCCUAUAAUAUUUGUGCUUUGUCUCGUACAUAGAUUGUGCCUUUUAUGCAAGUCCAAGGUAGAGACACCAAUGGUGCAAAAAUACUGAUAAAUGCUAUUUAAUUGUUCACUGCUUUCUUGUAUAAAAAGAGGAAACAGGAGGAAAUUAUUAAUAGCAUACUGUAUAUAACAUCUAGUUCUAGCUACAGAUUACUGUUGUGAGAGUGAAUGUCAGUUUCUUUGUUGGGCCUGAGAGGACUGAAUCUGACACUAUUCCUGUAGUAUAAUGUUGUGGGAUGUCUCUCUCUUUUGGUCAAAUAGAAGAAUUUAUAAACCUACUGAAGAGGACACAGGGAUCUACUAGUGGUUUAGUGAUUAGCAGUGUUAGGGUGAGGGUCCAGUUCAAUUCUUGAGUCUUCUUGAUUCCUUCUGUGAACAGUUUCCUGUCUGUUAUUCUAUUAUUGAUACGGGGGCUAUGUAUUUUAAAAUGUCGUUGAGCAGACCAGAUCUUUGCACACUGUUUUUAUAGAUUUUCUCACUUAUUAUUAUUAUUAUUAUCAUUAUUCACUGAAAUAAAUGGCACCACCAUCACCCACA